GAUUGCUGGAUGCCCAUGUUAUAGCCAACUCCUCUGCUUGAGCAGUUAAGGAUUGACCCUGGUACUGUGUGUUGAGAAUAUUGACAAGAAAAUGAGCUGGAGAUAGUGCCUGAUCCAUUCUUUUUUUAAUGCCUGUAAUUUAACUCUAUUAUUGUGUACAGUAUGUCUUUUUUCAAGUUCUCACUCAGUUCUGUCCAAAUUGCAACAGCAUCAGCAAUAAAACAGCUAUUUCCCUGUGCUUUGUUCAAAGCUACGGAAAUAGGCUUCAAGAUAGUCAGCAUACGUUCUCAACAAUGGGCUAAAGAAUACAGAACUCUGGCUAUGACAGUUCCAUCUAUUUUGUCACGAUUUUGCUUACAAAUUGUCAUCAGAUUAGGCCCGUUCUCAAUAUAUCGCUCAAAACAGUCCACUGCUGCGUUCCAUCACAGGUCUUGUGGGAGAGUUUGUUCGGUCCCUCCUAUUUUCUUCAGAGCAGCUGCUGCAUAGUGGUUGUUAGUGGAAGUAUUUGCAAUUUCAACAUUAGCCUUUACUUAUGGAGCACUGAAGUCUUUGGCUAAGAGGUGCAUCAAAUGAGCUGUGCAGCCAUAUGAGCUUGGGGCUUUCUUCACUUUCUUCUAGCUUUCUUCUCAUCUUUGGCACAUUACAGCAUUGUCUGUGACAAAGCAGCAUACUAGACUUUUGAAUUUUUUUCAUAGUUUGUUAUAGCUUUUACUGCUACUUCUUGUAAGUAAUCUGCUGUGUGUGCAUUUCCUGAUAUAUCAAUUUUUUCUGAAAGGUAGACAGUUCCUUCUUCUAUUGUCACGCAAGCACAUUACUGGAUCAUUGUGGACAUUGGUCCCCACCCAUCAAGACUCAGAUUAACAAUUUUCCCCUCUAGAUUUUUUGCACGCUGUUCAAUUUCUUUCUCAUAUACUUCAUCCAGCAAUUUGCCUGCUAUAUCUGUUCUGUUGGGUGGACUGUAUCCUGGUUGUAAUGACUGAACCAUGUCAAUGAAGUGUGUGUUCUCAACAAUAUGGAAAGGAGAGUUUGUUGCAUAAACAGAGCAAUUUUUUCAGUUACCUCCUGCUGUGAUCUGCUGGUUCUUAUUACAAACUUAUCUAUUGUUUCAGGAUGAUGGAGAUUUUUUUUUUCUUUUUGCUACAGGUGAUAUACUAUGUGAUACGUUUGACUGGAACAGUGGUAUCAUUAGCAGAUAACUCUGAAACUGUAGAUAGAGUUGAUGAUGUUGAAGAUGGACAGUCAGAACCCUAUGCCUGUCUUAGAUGUCAAGCUGAAAACAAACAAGAAGAUUGUGUUGUUGUCUGGGGAGAAUGUAAUCAUUCCUUCCACAAUUGCUGUAUGUCUCUGUGGGUUAAACAGAACAAUCGCUGUCCCCUCUGUCAACAGGACUGGGUGGUCCAAAGAAUUGGCAAAUAAAAAUAUUGAGUUUUUUCUUCUGAACUUGUUUGGUGUGCUGUACAUCUUAUGCCAUGUACCAAUUUGAAAGGAUAGAACACUAUGGCAUAAUUAAUUUAGCUUGUACCUAUGAUUAAAAGAUGUUUUGGGGGGCAUUCCUCAAAUGUUUAGGUCUGCAUUUUGUUAAUUCUUGUUUCAAGCUUCUACAACUGAGAAUAUAAAACACAUUAAAGGGUGUCUUUGUUCCUGAUCACAUGUUAAUUGUAUCAACUACUUAGAAAUGCUCUUGGCUGAAAAUACCUGUAGAUACAACCUUUGUAAUGAUUUUUGGUCAAAGAAAUGUUGUAUGCUUUCAAAAAGAACAUCUUGUUUAUAAACCUGAUAUGCUGUAAUUGAUGUGUUAAAAUUGAUGUAUAAAAAGAAAAAUCUUGUCAUCCAAUACUGCAUCUGUACCAAACCACCAUAAAUUUCUGGAAAAUUAUUUUGUUUUUAAUUAAAAUAAAUAGUUUAGGAAGUAUUAAUCUCUCUCUUUCCUUCCCCCCUGUUAUUGUUGAUCUUGUUUUUUUGUUUUUUGGGGUUUUUUUGGUCCUCUUCCCCACUAUGGCAAAAACUACAUAUUUAGGUUUGGGCGAGCACUUGUUUCUAAAAUGAUUCAAUGAACUGCAGAGACACAUUUCUUAAAUAUUAAGGCCUUUCCUUUUAUAAUUAUAUGUACCUGUUUACUCCAACUUAAAGUAUUAAACUUUUACCAUAUUAAGAUUUAUUUUUACUGCAAUUUAUAUUAAAUGCAAUGAAUGUAUGUGUUUUCAACCAUUACUCAUUAUUGAAAUGGACAUUAUUUGGAAAUAAUUUGGUUAAUGACAUGAAAAAAUCAGUUAUCUAGAUGCUUCCUGGUUGUCUUUUACAUAGAUUGAGAAUUAUGUCUAUUAAACUGUUUCAAAAGUA